ACCAUUCCGUGCUACGCCUGCGGUGCGAUUGUGUACCUCAUCACAGCCUAUUUCUCCGACAAGGUGGGUCAGCGCGGCAUCUUUGCGGUCGUCGCGUGUCUGGUCUCCUGCACCGGAUACGCCAUCCUCCUGGGGACCUGGCAAUACGGAGCUGGAGCGCAGUACGCAGGCUGCAUUAUCGUCGCCAUCGGACUGUACGUUGCAGUAGGGAUCCCCAUCACCUGGAUGCCGAACAACCUCCCUUCGCACUACAAGCGUGCGACGGGGCAGGGGAUGCUCUUCAUGCUCUCCAACUUUGCGGGCGUCAUCUCGUCGUACAUCUACCUGACCAAGGACGCGCCGCGGUACACGCUGGGCCACGCCGUCAUGCUGGGCUUUGUGUUCUACUCCGGGUGCGCGUACGCGCUGGUGUCGGUCCUGCUGCGAAGAGAGAAUCGGAAGCGAGACCGUGGCGAGAGGGACUAUCUUCUGGUGGGCAAGACGGAGGAGGAGAUUCUGAAGCUGGGGGAUCGGCAUCCUUCGUAUAGUAAUUCUCUACAGAGUAGAGUACCACUCUAA